AUGCAUCAACAGUCCCUCAUCACAGCCCUCGCGGCUGCGCUUGUGUCGGUCCCCGCCGUCCAGGCCGGGAUCUACACCAAGUCCUCGCCUGUCAUCCAAGCCGAUGCAAAGAACUUCGACAGCAUUGUCGCCAAGUCGAACCACACCUCUAUUGUCGAGUUCUACGCCCCCUGGUGCGGCCACUGCCAGAACCUCAAGCCCGCCUACGAGAAAGCCGCCAAGGACCUCGACGGCCUCGCCAAGGUGGUCGCCGUAAACUGCGAUGAAGACUCCAACAAGCCCCUCUGCGGCGCCCACGGCAUCCAGGGCUUCCCCACCCUCAAGACCUUCCGACCUGGCAAGAAACCAGGCAGCAAGCCCAUCGUCGAGGACUACCAGGGGCCCCGUACCGCCAACGGCAUCGCCCAGGCCGUCGCCGACAAGAUCAACAACCACGUCACCCGCCUUACCGACUCCGAUUUCGAGGACUUUGUGGCCAAGGAAGGCCCCGACGCUAUACUAUUCACAGAGAAGGGAACCACCAGUGCCCUCUUGAGGAGCGUCGCGAUUGACUUCAUGGGUGUCAUAAACGUGGCUCAGAUUCGCAGCAAGGAGACCAAGGCGGUAGAGAAGUAUGGUAUUCAGAAGUUCCCUACACUAGUCCUCAUCCCAGCCGACAGCGACGCCGAACCCAUCGUCUACGAAGGCGAGCUCAACAAGAAGGACAUUGUCGCGUUCCUGAAGCAGGCGGGAGAACCCAACCCUGAUCCCGCACCAGCCAAGUCCAAGGCCAAGGCCGACAAGAAAGAGAAGAAGGAAAAGAAGGAGCCCAAGUCUUCUUCGACUUCCUCGUCGACCAAGUCCGAGGAAACUGCCGAGUCAUCCUCCACCGAAAGCGCAAAGGCCGAGUCCACCAUCAUUUCUAUCCCUCAUAUCACUUCCAACGAACAGCUUGUCGAAAACUGCCUCCAUCGCAAGGCAGCCGCCUGUCUUAUUGUCAACAUCCCAGCCGGAGCCUCCGAGAAUGGAGACAAGGUGCUCAAGGCCGUUUCCGAGCUCAACACCAAGUACCACCAGAGCCACCGCCCACUAUUCCCCUUCUUCUCCCUCUCGAGCGAAGUCGAAGGCGUCUCCUCUUUUAAGUCCUCCCUCGGUCUUACCAACGAAGUCGAGCUCAUUGCCGUCAAUGCCAAGAGAAAGUGGUGGAAACAAUACGAGGGAGACUUUGAUCUCCAGAGCGUCGAGGCCUGGUUGGAUGCCGUCCGUCUCGGUGACGGCGAGAAGAAGAAGCUGCCCAAGGAUGUGAUUGUCGAUUUGCCAGAGAAGGACGAGUCUGCAUCUUCCGCUACAGAAUCCGAGAAGGAGGCCAAGACCGAAGAAGCCAAGACCGACGAGAAGAUCACCCACGAGGAGCUGUAG